UGCUUCUGUUGCUGGGGCUAGUUUUUAAGUAUGCCUGUUUUCCCAAAUCAAGAUGUUUUCUAAGCAAAUUUGGUUUAACUCAUUUUGCCACCUGGUUUUCUGCAUUGGAUGCCAUGCUAUCUGGCAAUAACUUUGAGGUAAUUAUGGUACUUCUAAGGUUAUUAUACGAAUUAAGAAGCAUUUAAGAAAUGUAAGAUGUAAAUGUGUGGUUUUGUCUGUGAAAUAUUAAUUAAAGAAAAUUGAAAAUCACCAAUAGUUUUGAAUUAAAAAAACAAUAAAGAGAGACUAAAAUAUUAGUGGUUUUAGAAAGUAGUAGCAUACUAGCGGGCAGGUAAAUGUAAGAUACUAACUUUAGUCAAUAUAUAUGUUUGAAAUAUAGCUUAUGUCUGUUGAAUAGCUAGGAGACUUCACAUUGCGGCUUUGCCAAGUUGUGUGCAAAUCCAUUCAAAUUAUGACAAGUGGCUUGUUCUUUGGUUCUUAAACGCCAAAAGGGAGCAAUGCAAAAACCUUGUCUCAGUUGUCUGAUAAGCGAGAACAUAACCAGAUCAAUACUUAUUUUCAAAACUGAUUUUAAGUCAAGACAAAGUCAUUGGUGUGGAAAGUGACAUUUGAAUUAGGAAGAUUUAUGGAUUUUCAAAGAUUCACGUUUCUAAUGUAGGGAAACAGUAUGGUUGGGGAAAACAAGGUGCCUUUCAAACUAUGAAAUAUAAUAAUGCUAACAAAAGGGUAUAAGAUUGGAUAGAACCUCAGUAGUACUCUUUAUUACAGAAAGUGGUUUCCAAUAAGAAGGAGACAGAGGGCAUAAGUGAAAGUUCAUAUCUUGGCUUUAUCAGCUGGUUGAACUUCCAUAGGAUUUAUCUUUUCCAGGAGAUAUAUGCCUAGUUCAAUAAUCUUUUACGAUCACAAUUUUUUCCAUAUUUGAUGUAAUUUCCAGGUCGAAUGCCGUAUGAUUCAAUUUUGGCUUAUAUUCUGCAAUAUUUACAUGAUUGGAGUGUUCAAGCAAUUGUCAGCUGGAUGUUGUCAGAAUGUUUAGGGAGUCAAAAUGUCUCGAUUGUUGCUGAAGAAGAUGUUCAAAGUCUGUCCAAAGCUAAUUCAUCUGAACUGUUAGAAGCUGUGGUUGAAACUGUGAACCAAUGUCUAGCUGAAGCACCUCGAUUUGGAGUUCAGGAGCCAAAAUGUGCUCUUUCAACUUCAGAUGUUCUUGAAAUCAUUGGUCGCUGUAGCUCAACGGGGGGUCCCACCGGAAGAUUUUGGGUACUGGAUCCUGUUGAUGGCACAUUGGGUUUUGUACGUGGAGAUCAAUAUGCUGUAGCUCUAGCACUCAUAGAGGAUGGAGAAGUGAAGCUUGGUGUUCUUGGAUGUCCUAACUACCCAAUGAGGAAGGAAUGGUUAAGUUAUCAUCACCGCUAUCAUAGGAUUAUAUCCAAGUUGACUCCUCCAACAGCUGAAACUUGGAACAAAGGUUGUGUACUAUAUGCUAAAAGGGGUAGUGGGAAGGCUUGGAUGCAACCGCUGAUCCAUGUCAAUAAGAUGUUUGUGUGGCCAAACCAUGCAAAACAAGUUUCUGUCUCUCCCAUUGACAAUCCUGCACUUGCCACCUUCUGUGAACCAGUUGAGAAGGCCAAUUCAAGCCAUUCUUUUACUGCAGGGCUGGCUCACACUAUUGGUCUCAGGAAACAACCGUUGAGGGUAUACAGCAUGGUAAAGUAUGCAGCAAUAGCUCGUGGGGAUGCUGAGGUUUUCAUGAAAUUUGCAAGGGCUGGUUACAAGGAGAAAAUAUGGGAUCAUGCUGCAGGUGUUAUCAUCAUACAGGAAGCUGGUGGGAUGGUAACAGAUGCAGGAGGACUUCCCCUAGACUUCUCAAAAGGCUUAUAUUUAGAAGGCCUUGAUCGUGGCAUAGUUGCUUGUUCUGGAGCCACACUACAUGCAAAGAUCAUUGAUGCAGUUGAUGCUAGCUGGGGCUCUUCUGGCCUCUGAGGCUGCUUCAAUUAACUUAUAUACGUAUACACUGAAAAUAAUGUUAAUAAUGAUCCAUCUUUUCUUUUUCUGUUCUACAUUACAUCUUACAUAUCCCCAUGCUUCACCAGUUAUUUUUUAUGUAUUGCUAACAACUUACGAAUUUCUUAGCUCACAAUUCUAUUGUUUGGCAUUGUAAUAACGCUAAAUUGUCAUAAUAUUUCAUCAUCCUGAAUGCCAUG